UUAAAUUUGCACCUGUCGGCUGCCACCUUCCUAUAGGUGCCGCCUGGGAGUUUCUCAGCAUCAGACCACGAGUGGCCAGUUUGGGGACAAACAGCUACAGCCAUGAACUACCCCUUAACCCUGGACAUGGACUUCAUCAUCAACUACAACCUGGAGGACCUGGAACUAGGAAACUACAGCGACAGCACGGAGACCGCCCCCGUGGAAAACCACGUCUGCUCGGCGGCCGAGGGGCCCCUCCUGACCUCCUUCAAGGCCGUGUUCAUGCCCGUGGCCUACGGCCUGGUCUUCCUCCUUGGGCUGACGGGCAACAUCCUGGUGCUGGCGGUCCUGGAGCGGCACCGGCACACGCGCAGCUCCACCGAGACCUUCCUGUUCCACCUGGCGGCGGCCGACCUGCUGCUGGUGCUCAUCCUGCCCUUCGCCGUGGCCGAGGGCUCGGUGGGCUGGGUCCUGGGCGCCAUCCCCUGCAAGGCCGUGAUCGCGCUGCACAAGGUCAACUUCUACUGCAGCAGCCUGCUGCUGGCCUGCGUGGCCGUGGACCGCUACCUGGCCAUCGUGCUCGCCGUCCACGCCUACCGCCACCGCCGCCGCCUCUCCGUCCACGCCACCUGCGCCGCCGUCUGGCUGGCGGGCUGCCUCCUGGCCCUGCCCGAGCUGCUCUUCGCCAAGGUCAGCCAGCCCUCGCGCAACACCUCGCUGCCGCUCUGCACCUUCUCCCAGGAGAGCCGCGCCGAGGCCCGCGCCUGGUUCACCGCCCGCUUCCUCUACCACUUCGGCGGCUUCCUGCUGCCCGUGCUGGUGAUGGGCUGGUGCUACGCGGGGGUGGUGCGCAGGCUGUGCCAGGCCCCGCGGCGCCCGCAGCGCCAGAAGGCGGUCAGGGUGGCCAUCCUGGUGACCAGCGUCUUCUUCCUCUGCUGGUCGCCCUACCACGUGGCCAUCUUCCUGGACACCCUGUCCCGGCUGCGGGCCGUGGGCGGCAGCUGCGCGCUGCGCGGCUACCUGUCCGUGGCCAUCACCGUGGGCGAGUUCCUGGGCCUGGCCCACUGCUGCCUCAACCCCGUGCUCUACACGUUCGCAGGGGUCAAGUUCCGCAGCGACCUGUCGCGGGUGCUGGCCAAGCUGGGCUGCGCGGGGCCCGCCUCCCUCUGCCAGUUCCUCCCCGCCUGGCGCAAGAGCAGCCUCUCCGAGUCGGAGAACGCCACCUCCCUCACCACCUUCUAGGUCCCAGCCCCCCUUUCUGCUUUGACUUUCUUGAGGGGCACCCUGACUCUGGAAAGGGGCAUCCCUUUCGCAGGAAUGGGAUCCCAAGAGCUCGCCUGGCCAGAGAGGCGGCCGAGGCUGCCUCCGGGACAUCCCUGCGGCUCUCCUCCCCCGGGGCUGGGCUGGGUCCAGGGCCCAAAAGGCACUGUGCCCACCUGAGUCACCCGGGCUGAGAGGGCCCCGCCCGCCUUCCUCAUCUGAACCACCCAAACCUCGAGAAACAGGUUUGCUUUUGUCUUCACCAAAGUGGAAAGCCAUCAACCCCCAGAAUGCACGUCUCACAG